GUGCUGAAAACCACAGAAGAAGAGCGCGCUGGAGGAAAGAUGGCGGCGCGGUGUGAUUACGGAACAGCGGUAUUGAACUUGAGUCGUGUGUAGAGGCUGUUCCCGCUGCUCUUUGCCGGUCCUGCCGGUGACGCUCCGCUGUGAGGAUGGCUCACCGCUACCUGCGGCUGUCCGCCGGCUGCAGGAACAUGUUCCGGCUGCUGCUGCCCUCCGGCGCUCCGGCCAGGCUGGUGAUGUGUCCCAGCACGGUGGAACCAGUAGACAGUGGGCGGAGCCUGCUGAGUGACCUGCUGGGAGCCUACAGAAGACUUAGCUCCAGACCGCCUAAAGGUUUUGAGAAAUAUUUUCCAGAAAGUCAGAAAACUCCAAAAAACACUGAAACUGAGGCAGCGAGUAAUGAAGCAGAACCUGCCAACACUCAAAAAGCCUCCGAACGGUCAGGGGGAGGUGGAGGAGGAGGAGGAGGAGGAGGAGGAGGAGGAGGAAAACGAGGAGGCCGUAGGGAGGAGUCACACUGGUACAGCCGUCUGCAGAAGGGUGAUGUUCCCUGGGAUGAUAAAGAGUUUCGGUUGUUACUUCUGAGCGCAGCGACAUUCUGGACAACCUGCACCUAUCUCUUCUUCUUCAGGGACGCAGGACGAGAGGUCACCUGGAAAGACUUUGUCAACAACUACCUGUCCAAAGGAGUGGUGGAGCGGUUAGAAGUCGUCAACAAGCGUUAUGUUAAAGUGGUUUUCUCGCCUGGGAAGACGCCGUUGGAUGGAUACGUGUGGUUCAACAUCGGCAGUGUGGAUACGUUUGAGAGGAAUCUGGAGACGGCACAGUACGAGCUCGGCAUCGAAGGAGAAAACAGACUGCCGGUGGUGUAUUCCACCGAGAGUGAUGGAACCUUUCUGCUGAGCAUGCUCCCCACGGUGCUCAUCAUUGGGUUCUUGCUGUUCAUGGUGCGGCGUGGCCCAGCAGGGGCGGGGCGGCCUGGUCGGGGGAUGGGAGGAUUGUUCAGUGUCAGCGAGACGACGGCGAAGAUCCUGAAAGACGAGAUCGAUGUAAAGUUCAAAGAUGUGGCGGGCUGCGAGGAGGCCAAGCUGGAGAUCAUGGAGUUCGUCAAUUUCCUAAAGAACCCCAAACAGUACCAGGACCUGGGCGCCAAAAUCCCCAAGGGAGCCAUUUUAACGGGCCCUCCCGGAACAGGAAAGACUCUGCUGGCCAAAGCGACGGCUGGUGAAGCCAACGUACCCUUCAUCACUGUCAACGGCUCUGAGUUCCUGGAGAUGUUCGUGGGCGUUGGCCCUGCCAGAGUCAGAGAUCUGUUCGUUAUGGCGAGGAAGAACGCUCCCUGUAUACUGUUCAUCGACGAGAUCGACGCAGUGGGACGGAAACGAGGACGGGGAAACUUUGGAGGACAGAGCGAGCAGGAGAACACACUGAACCAGCUGCUGGUGGAGAUGGACGGGUUCAACACGGCGACCAACGUUGUGGUUCUGGCAGGAACCAACAGGCCGGACAUCCUGGAUCCGGCUCUGAUGAGACCUGGACGCUUUGACAGACAGAUUUACAUCGGUCCUCCUGAUAUCAAAGGUCGAGCGUCCAUCUUUAAAGUCCACCUGCGUCCUCUGAAGUUGGACACUGACCUGGACAAAGACUCUCUGGCGAGGAAGAUGGCUGCCCUCACACCUGGAUUCUCAGGCGCCGACAUUGCUAAUGUUUGUAACGAGGCAGCUCUGAUCGCUGCUCGCCACCUUUCAGACGCCAUCAACCAGAAACAUUUCGAACAGGCUAUCGAAAGAGUCAUCGGAGGUCUGGAGAAGAAGACUCAGGUCCUGCAGCCGGAGGAGAAGAAGACGGUGGCGUAUCACGAGGCAGGUCACGCCAUUGCUGGAUGGUUCCUGGAGCACGCCGACCCUCUGCUGAAGGUGUCCAUCAUCCCCAGAGGGAAGGGUCUUGGUUACGCUCAGUACCUGCCCAAAGAGCAGUACCUGUACACCAAGGAGCAGCUGCUGGACCGCAUGUGUAUGACUCUGGGAGGCCGAGUCUCCGAGGAGAUCUUCUUCGGACGCAUUACCACCGGAGCUCAGGACGACCUCCGAAAGGUCACCCAGAGUGCCUACGCACAGAUCGUUCAGUUUGGGAUGAAUCCGAAGGUGGGUCAGGUGUCCUUCGACCUCCCACGGCAGGGUGAGAUGGUUCUGGAGAAACCGUAUAGCGAAGCUACUGCUCGUCUCAUUGACACCGAGGUCCGAGUUCUGAUCAGUGAGGCGUACCAGAGAACCCACCGCCUGCUGACCGACAAGAAGGCUGAGGUGGAGAAGGUGGCGCUGCGACUGCUGGAGAAGGAGGUUCUAGAUAAGAGCGACAUGUUGGAGCUGCUGGGCAAGCGUCCGUUUGCAGAGAAGUCGACAUAUGAGGAGUUUGUGGAGGGAACGGGGGGCGUUGACGAAGACACAACUCUGCCAGAGGGUCUGAAAGACUGGAACCAGGAGAGGAAGGACAAGGAGGAGAGCCCGGACGAGCAGGUGGCCCGCCAGAUCUCUGGAGGAAUGCCCUUCUAGAACCCUCUGAUGGACGGAUGAACACUGACCUGUUUCUUUCACCUAAAAUAUCAUCUGUCUGGAGUUCUGCAUCACAGACACUCACCAGGUCUAGAACCUUCUCAAUGACUUCCAGAACAAACAUCAAGGUUGGAUGUGUGUGUUCUACCACCACACUGAACCCACACAACCCUGCAUAACCUUCCCUAUCUAGAGUUCUUCUAUCACCUGUCUUCAUCUUAGACAUCUAGAAAUGCUCCUCCAAAUGUUCUCCAAGAGUUCUAGAAGUUCUGAUGUUUUGGCACUUCUGCACUGAGUUUAUGGAGGGAACUCUGCACAGAGGUGUUCUAGAAUUGUCACAGGAGACCUUAAACAACACCGACUGUAGUACCCUAAAUUAAUUCUUCAAAAUUCUUUCACUAAUUUUGGUCAGAUUUCUGUGCUGGGAAUUCUGUAAUUAACUCCUACAACAGAUCUAGAACCGAUAUCUAUGUGUUCCACGACAACUUCUCAUAACUACAACCAGUCCUGACCUCGACAUAGAACUCUACAGAACAGUUCUAGAACCAGGGAUCUCCACUCAACCUUCUACAGUAAAGACAGAAUGUUCUCCACCUUGAGGGCUCAAAUCUAAAGCUCCUAACUGUUCUAUAGACCAGCUCAGACUCAUAGAACCAGGUCAUUAAGUUCCUGAACAUUUCUGUGCUGAGAACUCUAUAAAACCUUUGUUCCAAAAUGAGAUUCUAGAUCAUUCACAGAACACACACUCGCUUCUGCAUGUUCACUCUUUAACAUCACGUCUUCUCUUGUAAACUAGAACCAACGCUGACUAAUAGAACCCUGAUAACAUCCCUCACUCCAAACCAGGGCUCACCAGAAAGUUCUCCGUCAGGUUCUCUACAAUCAGCCUAAUCCUGACCCUGCUUCUCUGCAGGGUUCUACAGUGAAUAUAUUUGCCAAACGAUUGCUUCGCCUGUGACCUGUGUGACCAAUAAAGAACACGCAGAACUCCUGUAAAAAGUUUGUGAGGAGCAGCUGGUUCCUCGCCUUGCCUGAACUGUCAGACUCGGACUCAAAGAACACAAAGCAAAGAACAAUGACUGAGCAUCACAUCCUCAGCUCUCAGCAGAACCCUGCUGGUGGAGGAAUCAGAAUCAUCAUGUAUUUAUCAACAGAGCUGAGUGAGAUGAAAACGCUCCAUCCACACGACCAUCACCAUGGUAACUGUGCUGUAGCUUAAGUGUUAGCUUAAAGCUAACGGAGAUGACACUCAGCUACAGGAGAGGAAAGCUGAUAUCAAAGCUAAUGUUAGCAUGUGGAGCCACAGUCUGUGCUGAUGAGGUAUUGAUCAGUUAUUGCUAGCUUCCUGUGUUAUGUGUGCAGCUGAGUGUCUGCUGUCACUGCAGACAACAAAUAUGAUGUGAAAUAAUAAUAAUGAUGUUCAAAUGUUUUGUUGCUCAGUGAACAUCAAUAAAUGUAUCAUUUAUCAAUCAUUAAAACUAA